GCAUCAUGUGAUAUGUUCAUGUCAAGAUGGCGUCCACGCUGAACAAGAUGUUUGCUGUUGGAGGUUUUUCAAAGGUUUUAGCAGCUUUAUCGGUUUUGUGUUUUAUGUGUGCGUCUGUUCGAGCCGAAAUACGAACCGCUGUUAUUGACAAACAAACCGGGCAACUGUCUGUUCUUGAAGGAUAUCGAGAAGAUUAUGUGGCUUGGGCGAACUUCACUGAUGACAUUAAAACAUCAGGUUGGUCUUUUUUGGAGAUCACUACCAGCAGUGAGUACAAUGACAGUAUCCAGGCGUAUGCUGCCGGUGCAGUGGAGGCUGCACUCACAUCUCAGCUCAUCUAUAAGCACUGGAUGAACACUCUAAUGGGUUAUUGUGGGCCCUUCACGUCUGAAACCGAUUACUGCGAGCGCCUUAAGGCUUUCAUCACAACCAAUCUGCAGUGGGUUCAGGAGCAAAUAGAGAAGCAGCCGAGUUCACCCUACUGGUACCAGGUGCAUCUGGCACUGCUGCAGCUGAAAGGUCUGGAGGACAGCUACAAUGAUGAGCUGUCAUUUCCUAUAGGGUCAUUCUCCCUCAACCCAUUUGGCUUCCUACUUUUCCAAUUGGGCGGGGAUCUGGAGGACUUGGAAUCGGCUCUGAACAAAUCCAGCCAAACUCAACCUCUUGGAUCUGGCUCCUGUUCUGCUCUCAUUAAGCUGCUGCCAAACAAUAAGGAACUGCUGGUGUCACAUGACACCUGGAACACCUACCAGGCCAUGCUGCGCAUCAUGAAGAAAUACAUUUUUGCCUUUAAAGUUUCUCCUUUAGGCAAGGAUCUUCUUCCUGGAGGAACUCAGGCAUUCUCAUCUUAUCCUGGAUCAAUCUUUUCUGGAGAUGACUUUUAUAUACUAAGUAGUGGCUUGGUUACCUUGGAAACCACUAUUGGCAACAAUAACGCUGCUCUCUGGAAGUUUGUUCAGCCCACAGGAACCGUCAUGGAAUGGCUGAGGAACAUUGUGGCUAAUCGACUGGCUGCUACUGGCAUGGAGUGGGCCAAGAUAUUCAGCAAGUACAACAGUGGAACGUAUAACAACCAGUGGAUGAUUGUGGAUUAUAACCACUUUACUCCAGGGAACACUGACAUUAAAGAGGAGCUCUUUGUUGUGCUGGAGCAGAUUCCGGGACUCGUUGUUUACACUGAUAAAACUCAGGAACUGCUGGAGAAAGGGUACUGGGCAAGUUACAACAUCCCGUACUACGUGAACAUAUUUAAUGCCAGUGGCUGCAAUGAGCUGGUUGAGAAGUUCGGCCCGUGGUUCUCUCUGGACCAGAAUCCUCGGGCUCAGAUAUUCAGGAGAAACCAGACAGCUGUCACAGAUAUGGACUCAAUGGUCCGCCUCAUGAGGUAUAAUAACUUUAAGGAAGACCCACUGUCAAAGUGUGAAGGCUGUAAUCCACCUGCGAAUGGAGAGAAUGCUAUCUCAGCCCGUUCAGACCUGAACCCAGCUAAUGGAACAUAUCCGUUUGGCGCCUUAAGGCAGAGACCACAUGGAGGGACAGACAUGAAGAUGACCUCCUACGGGAUGUUUCGGGACUAUGGUAUGCUGGCAGUGAGCGGGCCAACAUGGGACCAGGUGCCACCCUUCCAGUGGAGCACUUCUCCUUACAAAGACCUGAUGCACAUGGGUCACCCUGAUACUUGGACAUUCAAACCGAUCAAAGUCACCUGGACUCCUUAAUUAUCAUACUGUAUAUACAGUUGGCAUGAUAAAUGUAAACUGCCAGCUGUGCUGUUUGAAGUUUUGACAAAGGGAAAUGGUACUUUAAUUCAGUGUGACAUGACUUUUAGGAACAUAAUAGUCAUGUUAUUUAUUAUCAGAAGAGUGGCAAUAAUAUUCUGGAAGUAUUACAGUAUUGCACUAUUUGCAUAAUUAAAGCACAGAAGGUUAAAGAGAGCUUUGAAUGUGAGGCAAUAUGACCAAGAACAACAACUUCCUGUGAUAAAGUGGGAGCUUCUACAUUAGAUUAUAUCUGAUUUUCAUGUUUUGACGACAUAAAAUGUUUCCAUUGGACUACAUCUACGAUUAUUGAUGCAGAUGCAAAUGUUCUGUGACAAUGAAGGCAAAUGUAUUGAUCAUGAGUUAAAUCAUUUGAGAAAUUCUGA